GCUGCACAUCCAACCAUGAGUUGCCUGUUGAUUUCCUUUCGCCCGAGAAGCCACGCAAACUGGAAUUAAACUGCAGCGAGAGAAGUCCCUGCUCGCCGGGAGAGAAUGGGAUGGUAGCGGCGGCUCCCGGCUUCUCGCAGAGAAAUCAGAGUGUGUGUCGUCCGAACGGAGGCGGAGAUACCUCGAUACACCCCUCCCUCCCCCCACCCUCCGGGUAGACUUAACACCGCAAACGCGGAUCAGGCUGUGGCUUUCCGGACUUUGGGGGAGAGCCUUUUCGGAGGAAGAGAGGGAGGAGCUUGGCGGAGGGAGGAAACUACAAAUCGGGACACUAGUUCUUUGCACUGCAUUUCCUCCCCUCCCUUUGGCUGCUCGGAAAGGAGAGAGAGAGAGAGAAAAAAAAAUACGCUUGGCUGGGAGAUGCAGUCCGCCGCCGCCGCCUCAGCCAGCAAUGCAAGAUUAGAUCUCUAAAUGCAGUAAAAACACGGCCGGAAAACAGACCCGCCGGAGAAGCCAGCAGACAUUUCACAGCGCCCCGGGAAAGCUUCAGAAUAUAUCUGACUCGCUCUUCACUGCUCCCCAGCCCCAUUCAUUUCAUCACCGGAGGCGACCAGAAACAAGUAAGGAUUUCACUUUCCCAUCUGCCUGGAGACACACCUCCCCGCUCCCUCCCCCACCAAUUGGAAGAGUAUUCCGGAGGCUCCCGGCGGGAGUGGAUUUGCAGCGUCCCAGCGGGAGCCAGGAAAACCUACGCAUUCUAGGCUCUUCAUCUCCCCCCCCACCCCAGACUCGAUUUACACUGUAUCCCCGGCACCGUCGCUAAGUUUGAGUCGCCGCAAGUUCGGGCGGCAGAGACAAAGCCGCGGGGCUUGCCCCAGCCGCGGGGAGCCGCCGCCUGGCUCCGCGCUCCUGCAGCAUCGCCGCGCCUCUGCUUCUCGCCCAGUGCGGAUGCUGUAGAUCAACAGGUUCGGGAACUUGAGCGGAAUCAGGAGGGCCCGCCGGGUCCCGCAGCCCGGGAGCGGGGGGAAGGAAGGACCCACAGACUUGUGGCUGGCUCGGCGCGCAUGCUGCGCGGGGGCUCCAGGCUGACGCGCACCCUUUCGCUCUCCCCUCCGGUCCGGCUGUCACUGCCUCCACCCCACCGGUCUGGGAUGUACCUUUCCAUCUGUUGCUGUUUUCUGCUCUGGGCCCCUGCCCUGACACUCAAAAACCUGAACUACUCCGUGCCGGAGGAGCAGGGAGCCGGCACGGUGAUCGGCAACAUCGGCAAAGAUGCGCGGCUGCAGCCGGGGAUUCCGCCCGCGGAGCGCGGCGGCGGCGGCGGGCGCAGCAAGUCGGGCAGCUACCGGGUGCUGGAGAACUCGGCGCCGCACCUGCUGGACGUGGACGCGGACAGCGGGCUCCUCUACACCAAGCAGCGCAUCGACCGCGAGUCCCUGUGCCGCCACAACGCCAAGUGCCAGCUGUCCCUCGAGGUGUUCGCCAACGACAAGGAGAUCUGCAUGAUCAAGGUGGAGAUCCAGGACAUCAACGACAAUGCGCCCUCCUUCCCUUCCGACCAGAUCGAGAUGGACAUCUCGGAGAACGCGGCCCCCGGCACCCGCUUCCCCCUCACCAGCGCGCACGACCCCGACGCGGGCGAGAACGGGCUCCGCACCUAUCUGCUCACCCGCGACGACCACGGCCUCUUCGCGCUGGACGUCAAGUCCCGUGGCGACGGCACCAAGUUCCCAGAGCUGGUCAUCCAGAAGGCGCUGGACCGCGAGCAGCAGAACCACCACACGCUCGUGCUGACCGCCCUGGAUGGCGGGGAGCCGCCGCGCUCCGCCACCGUGCAGAUCAACGUGAAGGUGAUCGACUCCAACGACAACAGCCCCGUCUUCGAGGCGCCCUCCUACCUGGUGGAACUGCCCGAGAACUCCCCGAUGGGCACCGUGGUCAUCGAUCUGAAUGCCACGGACGCCGACGAAGGCCCCAAUGGCGAAGUGCUCUACUCCUUCAGCAGCUACGUGCCCGACCGCGUGCGGGAGCUCUUCUCCAUCGACCCCAAGACCGGCCUGAUCCGUGUCAAAGGCAACCUGGACUAUGAGGAGAACGGCCUGCUGGAGAUCGACGUGCAGGCUCGGGACCUGGGUCCCAACCCCAUCCCGGCCCACUGCAAGGUCACUGUCAAGCUCAUCGACCGCAACGACAACGCGCCGUCCAUCGGUUUUGUCUCCGUGCGCCAGGGGGCGCUGAGUGAGGCCGCCCCGCCAGGCACCGUCAUCGCCCUGGUGCGGGUCACUGACCGCGACUCGGGCAAGAACGGGCAGCUGCAGUGCCGGGUCCUGGGCGGAGGUGGGGCGGCCGGCGGCCUGGGCGGGUCGGGAGGAUCCGUGCCCUUCAAGCUGGAGGAGAACUACGAUAACUUCUAUACGGUCGUGACUGACCGCCUGCUGGACCGGGAGACACAGGACGAGUACAACGUGACCAUCGUGGCGCGGGACGGGGGCUCCCCUCCCCUCAAUUCCACCAAGUCCUUCGCCGUCAAGAUUCUGGAUGAGAAUGACAACCCACCUCGUUUCACCAAGGGACUCUACGUGCUGCAGGUGCAUGAGAACAACAUCCCAGGAGAGUACCUGGGCUCCGUGCUCGCCCAGGACCCCGACCUGGGCCAAAACGGCACGGUGUCCUACUCCAUCCUGCCCUCGCACAUCGGCGACGUGUCCAUCUACACCUAUGUGUCCGUGAACCCCACCAACGGGGCCAUCUACGCCCUGCGCUCCUUUAACUACGAGCAGACCAAGGCUUUUGAGUUCAAGGUGCUGGCUAAGGACUCCGGGGCGCCCGCGCACCUGGAGAGCAAUGCCACCGUGAGGGUGACAGUGCUGGACGUGAACGACAACGCGCCGGUGAUCGUGCUGCCCACGUUGCAGAACGACACCGCCGAGCUGCAGGUGCCGCGCAACGCCGGCCUGGGCUACCUGGUGAGCACCGUGCGCGCCCUGGACAGCGACUUCGGCGAGAGCGGGCGCCUCACCUACGAGAUCGUGGACGGUAACGAUGACCACCUGUUUGAAAUAGAUCCGUCCAGCGGCGAGAUCCGCACGCUGCACCCCUUCUGGGAGGACGUGACUCCCGUCGUGGAGCUCGUCGUGAAGGUGACUGACCACGGCAAGCCCACCCUGUCCGCGGUGGCCAAGCUCAUCAUCCGCUCGGUGAGCGGCUCCUUGCCCGAGGGGGUGCCCCGCGUGAACGGGGAGCAGCAUCACUGGGACAUGUCGCUGCCGCUCAUCGUGACCCUGAGCACUAUCUCCAUCAUCCUCCUCGCGGCCAUGAUCACCAUCGCUGUCAAGUGCAAGCGAGAGAACAAGGAGAUCCGCACUUACAACUGCCGCAUCGCGGAGUACAGCCACCCGCAGCUGGGCGGGGGCAAGGGCAAGAAGAAGAAGAUCAACAAAAACGAUAUCAUGCUGGUGCAGAGCGAGGUGGAGGAGAGGAACGCCAUGAACGUCAUGAACGUGGUGAGCAGCCCCUCCCUGGCCACCUCCCCCAUGUACUUCGACUACCAGACCCGCCUGCCCCUCAGCUCGCCCCGGUCGGAGGUGAUGUAUCUCAAACCGGCCUCCAACAACCUGACUGUUCCUCAGGGGCACGCGGGCUGCCACACCAGCUUCACCGGACAAGGGACUAAUGCGAGCGAGACCCCAGCCACUCGGAUGUCCAUAAUUCAGACAGACAAUUUUCCCGCAGAGCCCAAUUACAUGGGCAGCAGGCAGCAGUUUGUUCAAAGUAGCUCCACGUUUAAGGACCCAGAAAGAGCCAGCCUGAGAGACAGUGGGCACGGGGACAGUGAUCAGGCUGACAGUGACCAAGACACUAACAAAGGCUCCUGCUGUGACAUGUCUGUUAGGGAGGCACUCAAGAUGAAAACUACUUCAACUAAAAGCCAACCACUUGAACAAGAACCAGAAGAGUGCAUUAAUUGCACAGAUGAAUGCCGAGUGCUUGGUCAUUCUGACAGGUGUUGGAUGCCACAGUUCCCUGCAGCCAAUCAGGCUGAAAACGCAGAUUACCGCACAAAUCUCUUUGUACCCACAGUUGAAGCUAAUGUUGAGACUGAGACUUACGAAACUGUGAAUCCCACUGGGAAAAAGACCUUUUGUACAUUUGGAAAAGACAAGCGAGAGCACACUAUUCUCAUUGCCAAUGUUAAACCUUAUUUAAAAGCCAAACGUGCCCUGAGCCCUCUCCUCCAAGAGGUGCCCUCAGCAUCAAGCAGCCCCACCAAGGCGUGCAUGGAGCCUUGCACCUCAACGAAAGGCUCUCAGGAUGGUUGCGAAGCGAAACCGGGAGCCCUGGCCGAAGCAAGCAGCCAGUAUUUGCCCACUGACAGUCAGUAUCUGUCGCCCAGUAAGCAACCAAGAGACCCUCCCUUCAUGGCUUCCGAUCAGAUGGCAAGGGUCUUCGCCGAUGUCCACUCCAGAGCCAGCCGGGAUUCCAGCGAGAUGGGGGCCGUUCUCGAGCAACUUGACCACCCCAACAGGGAUCUGGGCAGAGAGUCGGUGGAUGCGGAGGAAGUCGUGAGAGAAAUUGAUAAGCUUUUGCAGGACUGUCGGGGAAAUGACCCUGUGGCUGUGAGAAAGUGAGAGGAGGAAAACAAACAACAACAAAAAAGCAUUGGCAUUUUCUGAUCUCUUCUGUUGAUGUAAAAAUGAUCCCUCCUGGUGACAACCUGGUUGAGGGAUGAACAGACCAAUGCUGCUUUAAGGCUUUCCGUGAACAUCUGAAGUGCCCACAGUAUGUCCUUUUCACUGCUAUUUUUUUUUCAGAGAUAACAAUGGUUGUGUUUUGACCAAACUUAUAUUAGGACAGAAUUGAUGAUGCUCAAAGAGGAAAGAAAAACAGAAGAAAAAGGAGGAUGAGGAGGCAAGAUACCUUUUGACAAUCUGUUAGGAGGUAUGCGUGGGAGAAGUGAAGUGUUCCUGAUCACUGUAAGACUGUCCUCCGUGACUUAUGCUGACUCCACUGUUUACCUAUAAACCCCAUACAAAGCAGGGUCAUAAUGUGUGCUCUGUGGUGGAUUUUUAGCAGUCAUCACAGGCUUCUACUGAAAGUCCCGCAAAGACCUUGCAGUAGUCCAAGCUACACCAAACAUGAAUACAUAUUUGUGGUAAGCAUUUCUGUAUAAAGUUACCUGCCACACAUAUCAACACAAAGAACAUUCCAUAUCAUUAGUUGAAAAAAAAUUUUAAAAAUACUUGGUCAUUUGUAAGACACCUCAUGUCGUAUAAAAGUUAAGUGUAAAAAGAUAUAGUCCAUUUUGUCCUGCACACACACAGACUAAUUCACUUCAUGAAAAGAGGAGAAAAUUUGACUUUUUGAAAUUUCUCUUUAGCAUUUUAGUGUCCAACAAAUAUAUAAAUAAUGAUAGAUCUAUUUUUAAUUUGAGCUAGAAAGAUUCUGAAAAAAUAGUUCCCAUUGAGUAAUACUAUUCAGAGAAAAUUAACAUGAUUAAUGUGUUUUACUUAUUUGUGGACACUAAAAUAGCUUAGGAAAGGGAAAAUGUCUUAGACAUACACAAAUCACAUGAUCAUUUAUAUGUGCAAAUGUAAGAAGAUUCAAUGUGUUUACAUCAAAUGACAUAUUUUUAUUGAUUUAUUGCAGAUUCAGUGCAUAUGAGCCAAAUUGUUGAGUGUAUAAGAGCUAUAUUGUGUAUUUUAUUAAAUUAAUAUAUAGUUGUGUUGCAAAAAUAUUUGGGCUUAUAUUGUAAAUGGCAAGUGUUGCCUCAGUAGCUGUCGAACUCUAUGAGUUUUGUUUUUUCCUGCUUCCUUUUCCCCAUGGAGUGUGGGAAGCAGUGCCUCAGAGCAAAGUCUCUUGUUUAAUGUAUAGUCUACCAAGUACUACAGUACAUAAUCUGUUCAAAAUGUGUUUGAGUGAGCCGAUGGAGCUAUCUGAAAGGUCAAAAAAUACAUCUGUCAGUCAUGGUUAUGUGCAAGUCCUUGUAGAAGCUUUUAUUAAAGUCAUGCUAAAUCACAAGAAUGGCAUUUGUACCAAUA